GCAGUUUCAACAUGGAGUCAUUGUUGCAGCGGACUCUCGGGCCACAGCUGGUGCCUAUAUAGCCUCCCAGACAGUAAAGAAGGUGAUAGAGAUCAAUCCCUACCUGCUGGGCACCAUGGCUGGGGGCGCAGCGGAUUGCAGCUUCUGGGAGCGGCUGUUGGCUCGGCAAUGUCGAAUAUAUGAGCUUCGAAACAAGGAACGCAUCUCGGUAGCAGCUGCCUCCAAGCUGCUUGCCAACAUGGUGUAUCAGUAUAAAGGCAUGGGGCUGUCCAUGGGCACCAUGAUCUGUGGCUGGGAUAAGAGAGGCCCUGGCCUCUACUAUGUGGACAGUGAAGGAAACCGGAUCUCGGGGGCCACCUUCUCUGUAGGUUCUGGCUCUGUGUAUGCUUAUGGGGUCAUGGAUCGGGGUUACUCCUAUGACCUAGAGGUGGAACAGGCCUAUGAUCUGGCCCGUCGAGCCAUCUACCAAGCCACCUACAGAGAUGCCUACUCGGGAGGCGCAGUCAACCUCUACCAUGUGCGGGAGGAUGGCUGGAUCCGAGUCUCCAGUGACAGUGUGGCUGAUCUGCAUGACAAAUAUAGUGGCUCUACCCCCUGAAGGAGGGUGGAUGUGGCUGCUUGCAUUUCUUGGGGGAAACUGUUGCUGGCAAUGUGGGUACAGCUCCCCAUCCUCUAGUGGAGGGGUCCUCAAUUGUACUGAUAAUUUUUUUAAGCUCUGGUGGCAUUGACCUCUAUGUGUUACUAGUUGUUAAUGACCUGCUGCAGAGGUGAUUAUUUGUUUUACUUUCUUGGAUGUUAACAUUACACUACUCGA